GCUAUUUGUGGAGUACGUGAUAAAACUUCAUGGAGCACCACGAUCUAUCAUCUCUGAUCGAGACCGGAUCAUUAUGAGCAGAUUUUUGUCUGAAUUCUUUAAGUUGCAAGGGAACAAGUUAUCUAUGAGCUCAGCCUACCACCCAGAGACAGAUGGACAAACUGAG